CACUCCUGCCAGACCUUUCACUUCUAUUGUUCCUGCCUGUAGCCAUCUUUUAAAGGCACAGGCACCCAGGAGUAGCAUUGUGGCAGCAAGCCAGCUCCAACUAGGACCCUGGCUGCUUGGCUCUUGCUGGAAGGCUGUGGACAAGCCUCCUGAGACAAGCCUCCCGAGGCCCCCCCUCGCCUUUCCAGGGAUACAUCCCCGCAGCAAGCCAGGGGCACCAAAUGCCAGGUAUCCUCCUGGUCUGUGCCUGAGAUCAAAGCCUUCUUAGAGUGCUGGUCUGAGGAGGAGUCUCUUCAGGCCCCACAGUCCAGGAGGAGGAAUGUGGACAUUUAUGGCAGAAUGGCUGAUGUUCUUGCCAAAAAAGGCCACCACCUCCGCACCCUAGACCAGGUCAGAGCAAAGGUGAAGGAGCUGCGGCAGGGAUAUGUUAAGGCCUGUGAGCAUAGCUCCCACUCUGGGGAAACAGCACACUGCUGUGCAUAUUAUGAGGACCUGGACUGGAUCCUGGGGGCAGGGAACCCCGUCUCCCAAGAAGGUUGUGGAGUCUGGGAUGGAGACCCCUGUGCAGCAGCAGCCGCAGCUCCAGGAUGACACCCAGAGGAUCAGCAGCUCUAAGACGAGGAGGAGGAGGACGACACCAGGCACGCACAGUGACUCUCACCCUGGAGCCGAACACCUAGAUGCAGGAGGCCUCCCAGAUAGCUUCAGACAUCGGGGAGGGAACAUCAGCUGGACCAGCUGUCCAGGAGGGGAGUGCCACGCCUGUCCCACCACCCAGACGGCUGCAUGGAACCCGUCGGCACUGGCACACAUACUUGGACCUGAUGUGACAGCACAUCUCAGUCCUGCAAGGGAUGCAGGAGAGAAUCACACAGAGGAUGGAGGCAGAGUGGUGCAGUUGCUUGCUGGACAAGUUUGUCCAGCAGCACAUUGCAAUUUGCGCUGCUAUCUGGGAGGUGAUGGCCUUCCCCGGUCCUGUGCCUAUUCCUGCUCAACCUGCCUUCCCCACCCCCGCUCCUCCCCAUUCCAGAUCCAGGUGCAGCCCCACCUCCUGCCCAACCCCCUGCUGUCCCAGUCCACAUGCAUGGCCAUCUCUGAGCAGGCUCCCACACCCAAGGUGGCAGGAGCUCUUCGUCCAGGUGGCACCCUGAGCCUCCCUUUCCUCUUCCAGGUUUACAUCCUCCUUCCACCCAUGAGACUCAGCAAGGGAAGCACUUUACUUCGUUAACAAAAAGUUUAUUUUUCUUUACAAAACAAUUAUAUAGGUUUUGUAACAUACCACAGUGCAAUAAACUAAGCAUUUUGUCAAGCACACCUGUCUCUGUUCUCCUGUGAAUGUGUACAACGUGGGGCAGGGAUGAGUUUUGGGGGGGAAGGCACUGGGGGCAUGGGGCACUCCCACAUUUGGAAGGCCCCGGGGAAACUCCUUGGGCUUCUUGAGAGAAUCUCUCUGUCAGAGCUUGCCAAAUGCGCAAUCCCAGCUGGUGGGCUUGGCAGAUGGCAGCUGUCCGGGGCUGCUCAAACUGCCUCCCCUCCACAUCAGCCCGUGUUUCCCCCCCGGGAGGAAAGCAGGCUGUGCAGCACACAACAGGCAGCAACCACUUCGGGGAUGUUGCAUUCCCCCAUGUCCAGCCGAGUGAGCAGGCUUCUAAACCUGCCCUUCAGAUGACCAAAGGAGCACUCUACCUGGAAGCGAGCCCAGUUCAGGUGAUAUCUUGCUCACAUAUAGUUGUCCAGUGAACGGCUUCAUGAGCCAGGGCAUAAGGGAGUAUGCCGCGUUGGCCAUGAUGCACAUAGGAAUCUGCAUAUUCCCUGCUACAAAGUUUCGCUCCGGAAAGAAUGUUCCAGCCUGUGGUACAGGUAUGAGUUCCGGAAGAUGCAGGCAUUGUGUGCCCGGCCUCAUCACCCGACACAAAUGUCUGUGAAUUGUCCCCGGUGGUCGACCAGGGCCUGCAGCACCAUGGGAAAGUCGCCCUUUCUGUUAAUAUACUGGGCUGCUGGAUGGAGCGGUGUGGUGCAGAUCAGGAUGCGAGUCCCAUUGCGUGCUCCACCACAGUUCGGAAAUCCUAGCCCCGCAAAUCCAGCCACGAUGGUAUCCAGGUCUCCAAGGCGGACAGUCUUGUGAAGCAGCUCCGAUUUGAUGGCCGUCACCACUUGCAGAAAGGAACAAAUAGAAACACAGACAACAGGAAAUUAGAGGAGUUGCCUGAGCUGAUGAAAGGUGCUACCUCUCCCCUCCCAGACCCCAAGUCUCCUCCCAC